AUGACAAAAGUAAAGAGAUUGUUCAAAGUUAGAGUACCUGCUACAACAGCAAACAUUGGAUGUGGAUUCGAUACAUUGUCUAUUGCAUUAAAGUUGUAUAUUGUGACUACUGUUUCUUAUGAACAACAAGAUAGUCAAGAGGAUGAUGCAAAGAAUACUUGGUCUGAUAGGUAUAGGGUAGUAUACACAGGCCUAGGAAGAUACAAUGCCGACUCCCCUAUACCAAGCCAGCCAAGCAAGAACUUCCUAGUACAGAUACUCGAUAGAGUGCUUCAGGAGAACAAGGAACACUUCACAUUGCCAUCUGGACAGCGACUACUACUCGAAGUGGAGAAUAGCAUACCGAUUGGAAGAGGAAUGGGUAGCAGCGCAGCAAGCAUCGCUACUUCUAUACUUAUCGCAAAUCAAUUGGCUGGCCUUGGAUGGACAUCCAAUCAGAUAUUCCAAAAGGCAGUUAGCUAUGAGCCUUCGGCCGACAACAUCUCCGCGGCAGUCUUUGGCAACUUUAACAUUGUCGUUGGCACCGAGCCGCAGACCACCUGUCGCACCAUCCCCAUCUCACCAAGCACUUUCCUCCGGGCGAUCGUGGUCAUCCCUCACUUCCAGGUGCUGACCUCGGAGGCACGCACAGUCUUGCCCGCUCAGUACUCACGUCAAGAUGUUGUAUUCAAUAUACAACGUGUGUCUAUGUUGACGGCCAUGCUAUGUAGUUCGUUCCAGGACACACCUCCUUCGACACCAUCAGAAAAUCAAACCUCAUGCUUGAUGUUCAACGAUCGUGUACACCAGCCAUACAGGGCCAAGUUGGUCCCGGGUCUGGAGGAGAUCCUAUCACUUGGUCCAAAUAUACCUGGCAUGUUUGGAGUGUUCCUAAGUGGAUCAGGGCCAACAGUGCUAUGUCUGGCAUCUGGAAAUCACACUGAAAUAACCAAAAUGAUCACGGACAUAUUCGCCAAGCACUCAGUUACAUCAGACAGUAUGGUGAUUGAGUUUGACACUCAAGGCCUCUAUGUUGAGGCAUCGGUA